AUGAACGGAGUGCGCUUAUUUCACUCGUACGGCGUCGUACACGAGAAAUUCAUGUGGGAUGCGCGCAUGGAGCCGGGUGUGCUAGAUGCCUUUACGAAGCUCUGGGGGACAGACGAACCUCUUCUCGCAAGCCCUGGCAGCAUGAAGACCAAAGCCCCAACAAGCGCGGCCUGCAUUGCGUUCAAGGCAUCAUUAGUUUAUCGACCUCGGGCCCUCGUCGUCUACCCUGGAUCGCAUUUACUCAACGAUGAAUUCUUCGACGCACGCCCAGGCAGUGCCAGUAGGCAAUACCUGAAAGAUAUCUACAUAUUUCCUGAAUCCGAGCUGGCUUGGUUCGAACAGCGCGGGCUGAAACCACUUAAAGUGUGCGCCCAGCCCGGAGAUUUGAUUCUGCGGGAUUCGCGCACGAUCCACUAUGGCUCUGACCCGACGGAGAAGGGAACUCGCAUUCGGACAGCUAUAUACGCGACAUACAUGCCUGCUCGCCUUGCGAAUGCGGAUCAGUUAGAGAGGAAGAAGAAGGUCUUCGAGGAAUAUGGGAACACAACACAUUGGCCGUUUGAACAUAUUGAGCCUGGAUCGAGAAGGGCUUUGCCUUUGCUCAAGAAUGGCGAGGUCGAUCCUCGGCUAGCAGAGAGGAACAAGCCACUUGAGAUGCCGGAGAUGUCUGAUAAAUUGUUAAAAUUGGCCGGGAUCCAGAAUAGAGAGGUAGGCUGGAAAACGAUACAGCGCAGGACUGGCCGAGAAAUGCGAGAGCAACAGCCUUUAUGGAAAAAGCUGAAGCUAUUCGCCCUUUUCAAUCCCUUAACAGAGUGGCUGGAUACGACGCAUGCCAUGCGGCUUCACUUACAUGCCGAGAAUGUUCAUAGCGGUCAGACCAUGCACAGUUGCAAACGUUUGUUGGCAGUGCUAACAGAGGUUACAGGCGAAGAAGAAGGGAGCUCUCUCUCGAAAGGCAAAAUAAGAGCAUUCGUUGACUUUUUCCACAUUAACAUGGACGAUUUCGAACCUUCCAAUAUCGAAGACUACCAUACCUUCAAAGAGUUCUUCAUUCGCAAACACAAACCAGGCUCACGGCCAAUCCACGCCGAAGGAGACAACAGCGUAUCUGUGGUAGUCGCAGACUCCCGCCUUGUUGUCUAUGAGACUGUAACUGCAACUAAAAAGAUCUGGAUUAAAGGGAGCGACUUUUCUAUUGCAAUGUUGACUAUGGAUAACGACAUUGGAGAUUUUUUCAAUGAUGGCGCAGUCGCUAGCUUUAGGCUCUCGCCUCAAGACUACCAUCGUUAUCAUAGCCCAGUUACUGGUCGUAUUGCGUCGUACAGAAGUAUCCCCGGAGACUAUUAUCAGGUUGACCCGAUCGCUCUCCGGAGCGGUGUUGAUAUUUUGAGCAGAAAUACGCGUGCCUACGUUGAGAUCGACUCGGAAUAUUUCGGGAAGGUUCUUUUUGUAGCUAUCGGUGCUACAGAUGUAGGCAGUGUUCAGAUACAUGACCAGUGGAAGAAGCCUGGUAACUCUAUCCAGAAAGGGGAAGAGUUGGGCCUGUUUCAAUUUGGUGGGUCAUCGAUUAUUGUCGUCUUUCAGAAUGGGUUCAUCAAGUUCGAUGAUGACUUGCUGAGAGUGAGUGAAAAUGCGAUCGCCAUGGAUGUUGAGGUAGGAAUGAGUCUUGGAAAGGCCACAAAGGCGUCUUGA